CCGGCCGCUGGACUGGCGUUGGGAUCCGGGAGGGGUCGGCACCCGGCGGGACGGCGGCGGGCGGGCGAUCUCCAUGGAGCUGCUGUCAGCACUGAGCCUGGGCGAGCUGGCUCUCAGCUUCUCCCGGGUGCCGCUCUUCCCGGUCUUCGACCUCAGCUACUUCAUCGUCUCCCUCCUCUACCUCAAGUAUGAGCCCGGUUCGCCAGCAGCAAGUGCCUUUGCUCAUCUCCAGUAUUCUAAUGAGUCUCGCUCACCAGCAAUCCAAUUGACAGGAGGAAAAUGUAGCCGGGCCGGGCAGGGCGGGGAGGGCCUCGUACCACCACGGCCACCGCCCCACUGCGACGCCACCUCCCUCCGCAGGUACCUGACCUUCUUCUGCCCGCUCGACCUCUUCUACAAGUGCGUGAGCUUCCUGCCGGUCAAGCUGGUCUUCGUGGCCAUGAAGGAGGUGGUGCGCGUGCGCAAGAUCGCCGUGGGCAUCCACCACGCCCACCACCACUACCACCACGGCUGGUUCAUCAUGAUCGCCACCGGCUGGGUGAAAGGAUCCGGCGUUGCCCUCAUGGCCAACUUCGAGCAGCUGCUGCGGGGCGUCUGGAAGCCGGAGACCAACGAGAUCCUACACAUGUCCUUCCCCAGCAAGGCCAGCCUGUACGGAGCCGUGCUGUUCACCCUGCAGCAGACCCGCUGGCUACCGGUGUCCAAGGCCACCCUCAUCUUCCUGUUCACCAUGUUCAUGGUGUCUUGUAAGGUGUUCCUGACGGCCACCCACUCCCACGGCUCCCCGUUCGAUGUCCUGGAGGCCUACGUGUGCCCCGUGCUGUUCGGGACAGCCUGGGGCGGCGACCAUCACCAUCACCAUGACAACCACGGCCCUCAGCACUGCCCGCCCCAGCCCGCCAAGUCCAAGGAGGAGCUGGCGGAGGGCUCCCGGAAGAAGAAGACCAAGAAGGCAGACUAGGGGUGGGAACCGGUCACCGGGCCUUCCCUCCCGGGUCCCACGGGGUCCCAGCCUUCCGGGAAGCCCCGGUCUGUUUCUUUUCCUCUGAAAUUGUACUUGACUCUAAGACUCCCGGCCGAGCCCACCCGGUGACCCGGGGCCCAGACUCCGUGGCCAGGGCUGCAGGCCGUCCAGGGCAAGUUGUCUCUGAGUCUCCUGCUCCCCAGCUGUGUGGCAGUGGAGACCUCAGUCCUCCCCUGAGCAGAAGGGCUGCUGGGAAGCCGGACAGGGAAGGGUUUUAUAGUCCCUGGGCACUGUGCUUUCAGAGAGGCCACAGGAUACACCUGUAGCGCCGGAUGGAGAGGCCACUGGCCUCGUGCUGCCCCCAAACCAAAGAAAUGUGACCAGUGGGGUGGAGCUUCCAAGCUCCCGCUCCCAAAGCAUCAGGCCUUCCUCAUGCUUCGCUGACACUCGUUUAGUCAUUCAACAAACACCCUGAACCUGAGGGAUGGUGCCUCCCACAUCUCGACAUUUGUCACCAGGACGUCUGAAAGGGGUGAGCAGGUCCCGGUGUCACAGAUCUGUUGCGAAAGUGCCUUGCUCCAGUGAUUCCCCAGGGUGACCACGCACCCUGAUUUCUUCCUCUCGCAUGCCGGCCCCAGCUCGGAUCAACCAAUAAACCUUCUGUGAAUGGA